GUUCUGCCUUCCGUAAGAAAUUUAUUAUAUUCUACAUCUUUCCUUAGUUUGUUAAAUACUGCCACCCUGUGGUCAAAUUGUGAUAUUGACGACACUAUAAACAACCGCGAACCUACUUCCGGUUCUCUUCCCGAUUCACUCGACAAGGAAAGACCACGCCGUACUAUCACUCUCGCAAACUAUCAAAUACGUUUGAACUAUAGAAAUGAUUUGUCUUUCUACAAAAACAAAGUUAUGAAGAAAAUAACAUCCAGUAAAGAAACAAGAAAAGCAAGCCUUGUGUACCGGAUUCCACUUCUUUGUAAAUAUUGUUAGCUAGCUGUCUAGUUUUGACUGGAACACAUUACGAGGGCAGCAUAGUAAAAAGACAACAACUCAACGAGUUCAAGCUAAGAAGAUAGCCCAGGAGAAUGUCGUUACACAGGGAUAAACCGAAGGUGGAUGCCGUUGAACAACCACAGGGCGCAGCAGCUCUAGAGCCACUGGAAGACGGCCACGAGGCAAACCUGGGGGAAGACUCUCUCAGUACACCUGACUCCCGGUCACAGUUAUCCAAACGGUCCAGCGGAUCAGCAAUAUCGUCAGCGGCUGCUAGAGCACGUGCCAAGUCAAAAGCAGCACAAGCCCAGGUGACUUUCGCCGAAAGAGAAGCAAGCGUGAUGAGACAAAAAGCUGAACUCGAAGCCAGUCUCCACGUUCUCAGGAGCCAGAAGAUGGCAGCAUACGAGGAUGAGGAGAUUGAAAGCGGGGAGAAGCGCUAUGAGCCAUACGUCCUGGGUAAGCCUUCCACUGCCUAUGAACGUGCAGGCGACUACGUCCAACAGCACUCAGCAAUGUUCGGCGGAGAACAAUCACCACCAUUGCAUGCGCAGCUGGACGCCUACAGACCACCGCCAUCAACACAUGCGCCGCUGGACUUCCACAGACUACCCCAACGAUACGCUGAGGCAGUUGUUCACACAAAACCAAAGCCAAGAGUCAGCAACAUAAAGAAAGAACAGCCACCUCCACCACUUUCCAGUCCGAACCUAGGACCCUCCCCCGAGCCACCCACCCCACAAGACCUUGCCAGGUACCUCAUGCGCUGAGAACUGGUGAGCUCCGGCCUCCUACAGUUUGAUGACCGUCCUGAACAUUACUGGUCAUGGAAAGCAUCAUUCCUGAGUGUCACACAGGACUUAAUUCUGACAUCCAGGGAAGAACUGGACCUGCUGGUGAAGUGGCUCGGCGCAGACUCAGCCGAACAAGCACGGCGACUCCGUUCAGUACACAUUCUAAAUCCUGCUACAGGGCUCCGCAUGGUGCGGCAGCGUGUGGAGGAAUGCUAUAGAACACCAGAAGCCGUAGAACAUGCACUACUGAAUAAGAUUGAAGUGUUCCCCAAGUUAACCAAUAAAGACAAUGCUGAACUCGGUGACAUCUUGCUAGAAUUGGAGUGCGCCAAAGAAGAAGGAUACCUACAGGGCCUCGCCUUUUUGGAUACAGCUCGUGGAGUGAACCCGAUCGUAGAAAAGCUACCCUACAGCCUACAAGAGAGGUGGAUAACCAUGGGAUCCAAGUUCAAAGAAGAUCACGGAGUAGCCUUCCCUCCAUUCACUCUCUUCUCUCAAUUCGUCCGGCGACAGGCCAAGGUGAGGAACGACCCAAGCUUUGCCUUCAACACCUCCAACAACAACGUGCCACCGAAAGCAGCCAUGAAACCCGGCUACAAAGCCCAAGUAAGUGUACAUAAGACAGGAGUCACACCCAAAUUUAAUGACAGCGACACCAGCUCUGCGGAGAAGAGAACAGAUGAACCUGACCGCGAGUGUCCAAUACACAGGAAGCCUCACCCACUCAGAAAGUGUAAGGUCUUUAGAUACAAGCCCAUAGAAGAACGUAAAGCUUACCUGAAAGAUAACCGCAUCUGCUUUAAGUGCUGCGGUUAUGUACAUAAGACAGGAGUCACACCCAAAUUUAAUGACAGCGACACCAGCUCUGCGGAGAAGAGAACAGAUGAACCUGACCGCGAGUGUCCAAUACACAGGAAGCCUCACCCACUCAGAAAGUGUAAGGUCUUUAGACACAAGCCCAUAGAAGAACGUAAAGCUUACCUGAAAGAUAACCGCAUCUGCUUUAAGUGCUGCGGGUCAACUCAGCAUAUGGCAGAAGACUGCAAAGCAUCAAUCAAAUGUGACGAAUGCAAUAGCAAGAGACACAUCACGGCUCUGCACCCAGGCCCUCCUACAUCCAGCGAGAGAGCUCACACGGAGAAGGAGGAAAGCGGGGAGCCAGAUGAAGACGCUCCCACAGUCACAUCCAAGUGCACAGAGAUUUGCGGUAAUGCAGACAGCCCACGCUCAUGUGCUAAAAUCUGCCUGAUCAAAGCUUAUCCGGCAGGGAGAAGAGAUCAAGCCGUUAAGAUGUACGCAGUGCUGGAUGAACAGAGUAACAAGUCGCUCGCAAAGACAGAGUUCUUCAACCUCUUUGGCAUCAAAGCCAGUCCAGCCCCAUACACACUGAAGACCUGCGCAGGGACAACAGAGACCUCUGGCAGACGAGUCAACAACUUUAUGCUUGAAUCUAUGGACGGAAAUCUACAACUCUCCCUCCCCACACUAAUCGAGUGUGACAUGGUGCCGGACGAUAGAUCUGAAAUCCCGUCUCCUGACGUCGCAGAGCAACACUCCCACCUCCAGCCAGUGGCGAACAAGAUUCCAGCUGUGGACCCCGACGCACCUAUCCUCAUGCUCCUGGGAAGAGACAUCCUCAGGGUGCAUAAGGUGCGUGAACAAAUCAACGGGCCACACAACGCUCCAUACGCUCAAAGGCUGGACCUGGGCUGGGUCAUCGUGGGUGUCGUCUGCCUGGGGGUAGCCCACAAACCAGCCCACAACCAAGUUAACGUGUACAAGGCCAAUGAGCUGCAAAAUGGACGAACAUCCUUUCUCUCUCCCUGCCCAAACAACAUACACGUGAAGGAGCACCACAAUAACGCACCGCAGCGAUACAACCGUCUCUCACCCCCCCGUGAUGAAGACACAGGCUGGGCAACAAGCACAGACAGCCUCGGCCACGCAGUGUUUGAAAGCUCCAGAGACGACAACAAGACAGCGUUGUCAAUGGACGACAAAGCAUUCCCGACCAUCAUGGACAGAGAGGUCUUCCAGGACAUCGACCACAGCUGGGUAACACCCUUGCCGUUCCGGUCAUCACGACGACCUCUUCCAAGCAACCGGGAACAGGCUGUCAAACGUCUCUGCUGUCUCAGAAAGACCCUGGAGAAAAAGCCAGAAACAAAAAAGGCACUACAUAGAGUUCAUGCAGAAAAUGCUGGACAACGACCAAGCCGAACGUGCGCCACCACUAGAGGCAGGUAAAGAACACUGGUACCUCCCCACAUUUGGUGUUUAUCAUCCAAAGAAGCCGGGUCAAAUAAGAGUAGUAUUCGACUUGAGCGCUGAAUGAGACGGUGUAUCCCUGAAUGAUGUACUCCUCAGCGGCCCUGACUUGCCCAGGGGAAAAAGUAGUAUACUUUAGUGUAUUACAAGUAUAAUUCAAUUAUAUAAAAGUUAGUACAAGUAUACUUUUACUUUUUGUGCUUAAUUUAAAGUAUACUUAACAUAUACUUUUAAAAAGUGUACUUCACAAUAGAUGUCAUUAAAUUCAACUUUAACGUACUUAAAAAUAAGUAUACUAAUUCUGCAAUACUUAAAGUGGUAUUGCUUUGUACUUUUAAAAAGUAUACUUUAUUUUAAGUUUAUUUAAAUUGUACCUGAGUGUACUUAUAAAAAGUAUACUAAAUUGCAGAUACUUAUGGUGGUAAUUUAGUGUACUUAUAAAAAGUGUACUUUAUUGUAAGUGUAUUGUAAUUUGUACCUAAGUGUACUUCUGAAA